UGCCCUCUGAGCAGCUGAUCUUUACUCGCUCAGCAAGUAACGUAGUCAGCUAGUAGUCUCAAGGUUUUGCACCUCUUCGAGAAAUCUCUGAAGGAAAAAUCCUUUCCUUUAAGGAAAAGUAGCAGGAGAUCAAGAGAGCCAUCAUCAUGCUGAAGGCGAUCAUUUUAAUAGGCGGGCCCCUGAAAGGGACUCGUUUCCGACCACUGUCAUUGGACCUUCCCAAGCCGCUCUUUCCUGUUGCUGGAUUUCCCAUCAUUCAACAUCACAUUGAGGCCUGUCAGAAGGUGGAGGGCUUGAAGGAGAUCCUACUGAUCGGUUUCUACCAACCCAGCGACGCUUUCAAGACUUUCCUGUCUCGUGCCCAGCAGGAGUUCCAUAUCUCCAUCAGGUACCUGCAGGAGUACACGUCGCUGGGCACGGCGGGCGGACUGUACCAUUUCCGGGACGUGAUCCAGAGCGGCAACCCCGAGUGCUUCUUUGUGAUGAACGCCGACGUGUGCAGCGACUUCCCCCUGACGGAAAUGGUAGAGUCCCACCGGCAGAGGGCCCACGCCUGCUGCACCAUGAUGGGGACAGAGGCUAGCAGAGAACAAGCCUUGAACUACGGCUGCCUGGUGGAGAACACAGAUACGCAUGAGGUGCUACAUUAUGUGGAAAAGCCGGGCACAUUCGUGAGCUCGAUCAUCAACUGCGGCGUGUACCUGUUCUCGCCCGAGGUAUUUAAGCACAUCGCGACAGUCUUUGCCAGGCACCAGGAGGACCUGCCCAGUGAUGACAGCUUUGCCCUUGGCAGCAGUAAGGACAGCAUACGGCUGGAGCAGGACAUCUUCCCCAUGCUGACUGGGGACAGCAAGCUGUACGUCCACAAGACCCAGAACUUCUGGAGCCAGAUCAAGUCUGCGGGUUCUGCCAUCUAUGCCAACCGGCUGUAUCUGGCUCUGUACCACAAGACUCACCCCGACAGACUGGCGGCGCCAGGAGAGGGCAUGCCCACCAUCAAAGGUGAUGUGUACAUCCACCCUUCUGCGAAUGUGGACUCUACGGCUGUGCUGGGCCCUAAUGUGACGGUGGGAGCCAACGUGACCAUCGGCCCCGGUACCAGGAUACGGGAGUCUAUUAUUCUGGACGGAGCCUCCAUCCAGGACCACAGCUGCAUCCUGCACAGCAUUGUGGGAUGGAACAGCACGGUUGGCGCCUGGACCCGCGUGGAGGGCACGCCCUCUGACCCCAAUCCCAACAUCCCCUUCGCCAAGCUGGACUCCGGAGAACUGUUCAGCGAGGACGGACGGCUCAACCCUUCCAUCACCAUCCUGGGUCGUAACGUGACCAUCCCACCGGAGGUGAUUGUGCUGAACUCCAUCGUCCUGCCUCACAAAGACCUGCCGCACAGCUACAAGAACCAGAUUAUCCUCUAGGGCUUCUAACACAAGUCUCUAUACCAGACUAACAAAGUCGGUUGAGAAAUAGUCAGAUUUAGCACAAAUUUUGCAACGCAACAAACUUAACGCAAAUCAGGGAAGGCACGCUGUGUCUCUCCUUGCCAAUAUGUAUGUUUGAAAUUGUAACAAACAACAAACGAUUUCACAAUUUAGCCAAACGGGGAGAAUAAUUUGCCUUUGGGGAGUUUGGCCAGAGGAUUUCAUUUUCCCCCUUGCAGUAAAGGGGGACAGUUUCGACAUAAUGUAUCACACUACAAAAUGUUGACAGCAUUGAUACAGAUCAAAUUACUGGUUCAUCAGCACAUGCAGAACUGACUUGUACUUUGGAAGAGAUAUUGAGAUUUUACCAAAAGACUUAAAAUAUUAAAAAAUUAUUUUUUGCUCAAUUUUGUAUGGUGAAGAAUGGUGAGAAUAUCAGAAGUACAGGAAUUAACCAAUGGUGGAAAUGCCUUGUUUGGGGUAUGUUAAAACCUCUAUUUAAAUAAUUAAAGACAAUGGCUGUAAGGCCACACCAAUUUUAUUUCUUGGUUAACGGAUUCGCCCGCUUCAUUUUUUUCUGAUUUGAAAAUAAAAAU